AUGAAGCGACCGGCAGAAGAUGGAGAAGAGCCACCCUGUAAGCUUCGCACACUGCCACCCAUUGGAGAAGUGGCUGAGGAAAAUCGACAUGUUUUCAUUUCCGUACAAGGUUACUCUGAGAAGGUUGGCAAGUUGUUUGAUGGACAUAGUGUUGUUUUCAUCCGCGGCGGCGUGGCCACCGGCAAGACCACAUUGGCAGAGCAUUUGGACCGCUCUGAGAAGUAUGUGAAUGUGCCCUUCACUGAACAUGGUGAUCACGAUGCUUGGAAGGUGAGAACAGUGGAAGCCGUGGAACAAGCAACAGGCAAAGUUGACCGAGAUGGUUCAGGUUUCGGGAAUGCGCUGAAGCAAGCCAAGGAGAAGGACUUGACCCUGAUUUAUGAUGAAGCUCACACACUGUUCCCCUCUUCAGACCUGUGCUCAGACCUAUUCAAAGCAAACAUACACUAUCGACCACGGGUCUUGCUGUUGUCAGCGUCAGGUGAUGCUUCAAGCACAUCAAGCCUCACCAUGACAACACCAAGUGAAAUCACCCAAAAAUUCAUGUGGACACCACCUCUACCCUGCACUCCAGACCUGAAGAUGCAGCUGGAGCAAAGUGGCGUUACGCUGGACAGAGAGAGCAUCCAGUUCUUCACCAGCUUCUGUGGUGGGCAUCGAGGCAUUUUCAUCGCUGCGAUGCACUGGGUGAAGAGCAAGCAGAACGCUGUUGAAAGUUGGGACUUCAAAAAGACCGUGGGAUGUGUGCGGAUCAGCUACAACGAGGGGAAUUGGAACUGUGCUGACACAGAGCUUUUAGGGUUUGUGAGAAUGAGCCGUGCAGUGCGUAUCAAUGGUAGGUUCCACGCUGUUCAUGACAUUCCUCGGAAGUUCGUAGAGCUGCUGUGCAAAGGGGCAACCAGCAUCGCAGAAGCGGACGUUCGGAGAGAGCUUACCAUCAAUGGCUUUGUACUUCCCAAACUUGACAGAGGCAUUGAAGCAGAGUUCCAAAAACUGGAUUGGAACAACGCACAUAUGGAAUACGAAGUGGCGAACCCUCUACUGGCUUCAUAUUACCGCUUCAUUCUGAAGAAACAAUGCGCUUUGGAAGUUGAGUUCGAAGCGAGCAAUCCCCAACACUGUGCAGACUUACUGAUGCGAGCAUUGCCCUACCUGUUCUUCUCCAAGGUCGUGAGCUUCGAAGGAGAUGUAUCUCAGCUGGCGAAGGGCGGUCUUCCACAUGAGCAACAGUAUAACCAAGCCAUCCUCAGUGUGUUGGCGGAAAUCGGCUACAAGCCCUUUGCUCCGCAAUCGUCGAAGCAGGCCGACGGGAAGCCAGACCUCAUGGUCAAGAUUAGAGAGGAAACGUUUGUCAUGGAGGGUGCGAAGGGACAGAUCUUAGAGCACCUUGGGCGCUUCAGGAGGCUGGAGAUGUACAAUAAAGCCGAGCACAAGGGUCUCUACAUCAUCAGCAAUGAUGGUGAGAAGAUGCUCGAGACCUUGAACAACACCGAAGCCGGUGAUGUGCAAAUCAUAGGCUUGGUCCCCAACAUUGCCCACACCGCCUACACCGUUCACGUGAAGAGCCAGGGCAUCAAAAGCAUCAACACCUUCACGGUGGACUGCGACCUCGUGGCAAGGAGGUUGGUGCUCAAAAACGAUGGCAAGCCUGAGCUCUACAGUGUCCAAUCGCUGAAGAGCUCUGCAGGCACGACCUCAUCAUCAUCCAUCGUCUGGGUGCGGCAGCUGAUCCGCAAGGACAAACAGCUCACAGCCAGGCCCCAGGAGGAGUCUGAGCCGGGCAAUGCCCCCCAAGUGCAAGGAGCCUUGGCUGGCGUGGAUGACCUGAAGAAGGGGGGCACUGGUGGCCUCCAGCUCGUUGGCAAUGCUUUUCCAAUCGACCCGGUGCCGCAAAACAUUGCAUACCUGAAGGAAGCUAUUGAAAAGAAGGAGAAGCUCACCAUAGCAGCAUCCAGGAUUGACAUUUACAGCAAGAAGGCUAUCAAGAAGGAGAAGCCCAACCGAGUGACGUGCGAUGCAGAUGAAAUCGACAUCUACAGAUUAGCAGUCAGCAUUUCAACGCUCACAUUCCUUGAGCAGGCUACCGUGUUCAAGUUUUCAAGUCAAGCGGGCAUGCAGCCGCUACAGGACCAGCGACAGACGCCAGCGCUGGUCAAAAGCAGUUUCAGAGAGGCGUUCUUAGCUGUGCUUAGGUGCACAGACGCAAUCAAUCCAUUUGAAGAAGUCCGGGGAAAAGAGCGCUAG